GUUGUGGGCUGUAGAGGUCCUAUUGAGAUAAACCCAAGAGACACUAUGAGUAAAGAAUCUAGCAUAAUUGGAGUUAGUCUGUUUCUUGCAACUGAGGAGGAGAGGCAUGAAUGUGCAACAGCACUCCUGGAUGGUAUAGAAGCUGGCUGGCUGAAACCAAUUGUAGGCUCUGAAUAUCCCUUGGAGAAAGUAGCUAAGGCUCAUGAAGACAUUAUUCAUAGCAGUGGUGCUCGAGGAAAGAUGGUGCUCCUUCCAUAA